ACAGCACAUUAGUGCCAUCAUUGCUACAUAAACCUAUAACAGAGAGCACAUUAGUGCCAUCAUUGCUACAUAAAACUAUAACAUGGAGCAUAUUAGUGACAUCAUUGCUACAUAAACCUAUAACAGGGAGCACAUUAGUGCCAUCAUUGCUACAUAAACUUUUAACAGGGAGCACAUUAAUGCCAUCUUUGCUACAUAAACAUAUAACAGGGAGCACAUUAGUGCUAUCAUUGCUACACAAAAACUAUAGCAUUAGUGAGAUCAUUACUACAUAAACUUUUAACAGGGAGAACAUUAACGCCAUCAUUGCUACAUAAACAUAUAAGAGGGAGCACAUUAGUGCUAUCCUUGCUACAUAAACAUAUAACAGGGAGCACAUUAGUGCUAUCAAUGCUACAUAAACAUAUAACAGGGAGCACAUUAGUGCUAUCAUUGCUACAUAAACUUUUAACAGGGAGCACAUUAAUACCAUCAUUGCUACAUAAACAUAUAGCAGGGAGCACAUUAGUGCUUUCAUUGCUACAUAAAACUGUAACAGGGAGCACAUUAGUGCCAUCAUUGCUACACAAACAUAUAACAGGGAGCACAUUAGUGACAUCAUUGCUACAUAAACCUAUAACAGAGAGCACAUUAGUGCCAUCAUUGCUACAUAAACCUAUAAUAGGGAGCACAUUAGUCCCAUCAUUGCUACAUAAACAUAUAACAGGGAGCACAUUAGUGACAUCAUUGCUACAUAAACCUAUAACAGAGAGCACAUUAGUGCCAUCAUUGCUAGAUUAAUUAACAUGUUAAAAGAAAAAUACAUUUUCUACCUAACUGUUAUUCAUAUUUCCCUUGAUUAAAUUGAUAAUAUCAAUGUGCUAAAUGACUCCAAAACGUUUAAAAGUCGUUUUAGAGCUUAGGAGUUUGUAACAGCUACAAAAUAAACAGAGCUCACCAUUUUCCAAUACUUCCUUUAUCUAUCAAAUAUAUUGACUUUAAUUAAUUAUAGACUUGAGUUUAAAAAACAAAAAUAAUUAAUAAUGUUGAAAAAACAUGGAUGUUAAAAAAUGUUUACCUAACAGAAACAUUAAUAUCCAAAUUCCACCCUGUUUAAUGUCUAAUGUUUACCUUCUUUAUUAUUUUAGUCUAAAACUAUAGUUACCAGUGUUAAGCUAGAACCUUAGUAAACAGUAUUCUAUCGAAUCCUUCUAAUACAAGUAAAACCAUACUUUAAAGAUGAAAUCAUUUCAAUUAACACGAGCAAUGAAAACAUUAGGAUUCAUUCCAGUCAGCGAAGAUAAAAAUGGUUGUGUACGGAUCAAUCUUCUAAAGCCAGCUUUCCUGGCUCAACUCACUGUCCGUGGCGUAAUCAUCGGAGCUUAUCUUUAUUUCAUUUUAAUUUAUGCACUGCAGCAGGAGAUGUCCAUCCCAAUGGUUGUAGUUCUUAGCUUUAAUGUACUUGGCACCUGUGGAACAUUUGUCUAUAUUUUCUUAAUGGCUUUAGCAGCUAAACGACUAGAAAACAAUACAUUCACUGGAGAAAGUCAGAUGACUGGACAGACCUUAAUUACAAUGAUAACUCCCCAACUCUUAUUCUCAACUGGAACUAUACUAAGCCAACUUACACUGUUAACUCUUGAAAUUUCCUGGGUUUCAAAAUGUGGUCUUUGCAUUACACUGUUCUUUGUUGACAUAAUUACACUGUUGGAUAUGUUUUUGAUGGUAUCAGCUUCUUAUUUAUGGGUAUUGGAUUUAAAGACUAAGAUUGGUGUGAUAUUAAAUCUAGAAAAAGCUGAGAACCAGAUUGAUAACUUUGAGAAGAUACACAAGGAUUAUAUUAGUCUCAAACAUGCGCUUGAACCAAUUACAUUUGCUGAAUUUUCUUUCGUUCAAAUUUUGUGCAUAGUAUCCGUUUACCUGGCAUUCAAAGGAUACAUAUUCAGCCUUCUACAAUUUCUUGGUAUGCUCAUGCUCCUUGUUCUCAUGGUAACAGUUCUAAGUGAUCUGUAUGAACUAAUGGAUGAGUUGGCAAACAAAGCUGAGGAAACAGGUCUAGAGCAAUCUAACCUACGAAGCAUAUUCAGGUUCAAGCAAAUCUCAGGAAAAUUGAGAAGGGCUGGUUUAUUUACAGGACUAGGAUACUUCACUAUCGAAUUCUCAACCAUCACAGCUUUCCUUGCUACAACUCUUACUUAUCUUAUUGUACUUUUACAGUCAAAUUUUUAAUCUUAUUGUACUUUUACAGUCUAAUUGUUAAUCUUAUUGUACUUUUACAGUCAAAUUUUUAAUCUAAAUAUACUUUUACAGUCAAAUUUUUAAUCUUAAAGGGACUGUAAAGGAAAAAUGAAA